AUGGCACCACCACUACGAAACCCAGCGGCAUUCUUGGCUGAGGCUGCCACACCAAGGUCACUGCGCGUCGGGCACCUUUCCAUCCAGCCAGCCCUGUCCCAGCCCGGAACGUCCAGUCAGUUUUCGGGAACUCGGCUGGCUAUUCGACGCACGCCACUUCCUCCCCUGCCGCAGGUUGAUGAGUGGUACCUGGUUGGCUCUGAAGAGGAGGACUACUGCUUGGAGGAGGACUGGAGACCCACCAGGAGGAGGCGACAGAAACGGCGUCAUAAGGGCCGCCGACGACCCGCCCUGGAGGAGCCAGCCUACUCGCACGUCCUUCCCGAGCCAACGUGCCCAUCGGCCAGUCCUGGCCCAUCCUGCCCAACGCAACAGCCCCUGUCUGUCAACCCACCAGUGCUCACUCCAGCUGAGGAGUUUCCAACCCAUCCGAAGUUGGAGGCCCUGGUGCGCCAUAUCCAGGCCCUGUUGCGCUCCCAGAAGAGUGACCAUGGUCCUUGCCUGUCUGUGCCUUGUGACCUGCCUGAACCCAUGGAGAAAGUCACUCCGUCUGACCCAGUGCCUCCGGCUGACCCUGACGCUCCGGCUGACGCCAGUGAGACGGUCAAGAAGGAGAUCGCCGAUCCACAUGAUGCCAAGCUAAGUGACUCUCAAGCAGUUGGUUUUGCCCUGCCUGAAUACGGUUCUGCCCCCAAGGACCCCAUGAGGCCGCCGAGAGGUUCGUGCGACCCUGAGCCGCCGAGAGGUCCGCCUGACCCCGAGCCGCCGAGAGGUCCGCCUGACCCCGAGCCGCCGAGAGGUCCGCCUGACCCCGAGCCGCCGAGAGGUGCGCCUGACCCAGAGCCGCCGAGAGGUCCGCCUGACCCCGAGCCGCCGAGAGGUCUGCCUGAGCCACCCAAGAACCCCGACCACGCGGCCCCGGGCAAGACCACUUCGGCCGGGACUGCUGAGACCCACUCUUCGGCCGAUACCCGGGAGGACGUUUCUCCACCUGCCCGCUCUGCUGCCGGCCCCCCGGCCGUGUCUGCGCCCGGCUCCGCCCCCGAUCCUGCUGGCGCCGCCCCCGAUCCUGCUGGCGCCGCCCCCAGUCCGAAUGACUCCGCCCCAGAUCCUGCUGGCGCCGCCCCUGGUCUGGAUGACUCCGCCCCCGAUCCAGCUGGCGCCGCCCCCGGUCCAGAUGACUCCGCCCCCUUUCUGGAUGACUCCGCCUCCAGUCUUGCUGGCCCCGGCUCCAGUCUUACCAGCUCCGCCUCCAGUCCUGCUGGCUCGGUCUCUCCAGACCCAGCCUCUCCAGACCCAGCCUCUCCAGGCCCUGCUCCGAACCCAGCCUCUCCAGACCCAGCCUCUCCUGCUCCAGACCCAGCCUCUCCUGCUCCAGACCCAGCCUCCCUAUGUGCUUCAGACCCCCAGUCUUCGUUAGCUCCCCAGCCUGUCCAGUCUCCAGUGUCUGCGUCCCAGCCUGUCCAGCCUCCUGUGUCUGCGUCCCAGCCGGUCCAGUCUCCUGUGUCUGCGUCCCAGCCGGUCCAGUCUCCUGUGUCUGCGUCCCAGCCGGUCCAGUCUCCAGUGUCUGCGUCCCAGCCGGUCCAGUCUCCAGUGUCUGCGUCCCAGCCUGUCCAGUCUCCUGUGUCUGCGUCCCAGACCGCUCCGCCUCCAGUGUCUGCGUCCCAGACCGCUCCGCCUCCAGUGUCUGCGUCCCAGCCUGCUCCGCCUCCAGUGUCUGCGUCCCGGCCCGUCCCGCCUCCAGUGUCUGCGUCCCAGCCCGUCCCGCCUCCAGUGUCCCAGCCUGUCCCGCCUCCAGUGUCCCAGCCUGUCCCGCCUGCUGUGUCCCAGCCUGCUGUGUCCCAGCCUGUCCCGCCUCCAGUGUCCCAGCCUGUCCCGCCUCCAGUGUCCCAGCCUGUCCCGCCUCCAGUGUCCCAGCCUGUCCCGCCUCCAGUGUCCCAGCCUGUCCCGCCUCCAGUGUCCCAGCCUGUCCCGUCUGCUGUGUCCCAACCUGUCCCGUCUGCUGUGUCCCAGCCUGUCCCGUCUCCUGCGUCCCAGCCUGUCCCGCCUCCCAUGUCCCAGUCCAACCCAGUAUUGUCCCAGUCCAACCCAGUAUUGUCCAAGCUCACCUUUGUCCCAGUGCCAGUUACUGUCCAUGUCACUGUACCUGUCAGCAUCCAAGUGUCUGUCCCAGUCUGCAUCCAGGUGCCGAUUCCUGUGUCCAUCCCUGUUCAUGCCAAUGUUCCCUUUUGUUUUUUUCGUUUCCCUGCACCAGUGUCCAGCCAUGUUACUGUGACUUUGCCCGUCCCCGUCUUCGUCUCAGUCCCUGUUCCUGUCACCAUUCCCAUCACUGUGCCAGUCAAGGUUCCUGUUUUUGUUCCUGUCAGUGUUGCCCAGCCUCCAGUGCCUAUCUCUCAGUCCUCUUGUUCUCCUCAUCCCGAAUCCGCCUUUCCCGUGUCUGAGCCCACCUGCCCCAUGCCUGAGCCUGCCUGCCCCUUAUCUGAGCCCACCUGCCCCGUGUCUGAGCCCUCUGAGUCCGCCUUUCCCUCUGAGUCUUCCUGCCCCUCUGUUUCUGCCUGCCCCUCCGAGCCUGCCCCCUCUUCCAAGUUCUGUGUCCUGACAGAUCGGUCCCCUCCUCCUAGGUGUCCUCCUGUUCGACUGUUUUUGGGACGUCUGGAAGCCGUCCCUUGA